AUGGCGAAACCAGAGCCUAUCGAGGCUUUGCUCGCGCCGUCCCUGCGUGUUUCCAGGCCUGUUGCCGCGUGUGCACGAUGUCGAUCGGCCAAAAUCAAAUGCGACGGAAAGUUACCAGCUUGUUCGGCCUGUGAGCGGUCGGGCAAGGGGACGAGUUGUAGCAGUGCCAACGAUGACUUUGCGCGUGGGAAAGAGCGGAGUUAUGUAGCAGCACUCGAAAGCGCUGCACAAAGACUCCAAAAGAAGAUUGAGCGGGCCAAGGCUGAGGUCGCCCUUCAAGGUACCUCGUCUUCGGCUCAUCGUCAGAAGCACAGAAGGAUCAGUGGCGCCCGUAGGCGAGAGGCCUCAGAUGUCGAUGAGCUGGUCAGCGACUUUGGCUUCUUGACCGUGAACGCCACGUCCAGAGACUUCCACGGCUUCACCUCCUCCAUGUCAUUUGCCAAAUUACUCUUGUCGGCUGCGACACGACGAGACCUGCCGCACGCAGAGGCUCGAGGGCUACCGCCUCGAUACGCCAUUAUGCCCAUGAUCAACCACUACCUGGAAAACAUCUAUGUCCUUUUGCCGUUCUUCUCCGAGACCGAACUGAUGGGGAGCCUCUCUCGGAUUUACAACGAGUCGACCUCGGUCUCAUCCUCUGUAACACCCUUAGACGUCUGGAACGUAAGGCUGAUAUUGGCCAUCGCUUACGCAUCUUCCUCGCAACACAAGGACGACGAGAAUGACAAGACGGCGUUACAACACAUGGCCGCAGCUCGCAGCUUGGCGAACUAUGUUCUUCAUCCUGGCUCCAUCACUGGUGUUCAAGCCCUCCUCCUCCUGGUUGAAUACGCACUGGUGGAUCCUGCUCAUUUUGAUAGCUGGUAUCUGGUUGGAAUGGCAUCGCGCCUGGUCGUUGACCUUGGUCUUCAUUGUGAGCCACCACAGGAAACCAAAAUUAGCAAGACAACACUGGAUCUUCGGAGACGAAUAUUUCAUUGCACCUAUGCACUAGAUCGGUUAGUGAGCAUGUCUCUUGACCGAGCAUUUUCAUUCACAGACGAUUCCGCUCCAGAUGUGCAGCUACCAAACUUGGCCACGGAGGAUGCGCCAUCUCACUUAUUCCUGCGCUCGAUCCGGCCAUCACUCUUCCUGUUCGACAUUCGUCGAGUACAAUCCUCAUUCUAUCAGACAACAAGAUGGUCGUCACGGACACAAUGGCCUCUGGCCACCGCCGCAACGUACGCAAGCUCUGUCUCGAACGACAUUCAUGCGUGGUAUUCGACAAUUCCGCCCAACUUGUCCCAGCGGCACCUCAUGCUGUUCAAUCUCGAGCGGAUAUACUGCCAGAUUUUGGUGGUAUCGCCUAACCAGAGAGUGCCCGCAAGCAGCAUGACUGAUCUCAAUAAAGAGCUGGUCUUUGAAUAUUCAGCUCAGUAUGCUGAUGUGUUUCAGCCCAUUACUCAGGAUGUCACAUGGCACGCCUACUUGACCUACGCCGAUAUAUGCAGGGCCAAGUACGUCGGCCAAAAGUUUGUUGAGGUGAUGUGGUCAGAUUUUGACCGCCUGCUCAAAUCUUCACACACCUUACGAGAGGGUUCCCCGCUGGGGCACACCCCUCCACUAGACAACGCCCAGCGCGCCACCUUGUUCCUACGCAAGAUCGUCGAAAUCCUAGAUUUCGCUAGACACCGCUGGGCAAUGCCGGAAAUGCGAGAGCAAUUUGAACAAGAAUCUGCUGUUCUCUCAUCUCGUCUAAAGAGUCGACAAACCGAAGUGCAGUCCAGACAAUACACCAACGCUCCCGACGCUGCCGGUGACCCUAUAAUCUAUGGUAAUGUGAGCCAUGGCGUGUACAGCGGUGCCUCCCACUACGCCUACGACGGGCCCCCCAUGAUGCAGCUUCCGAGCCCUCCAUUGCACCAAGAAGCCAUCGCCGAGGGAGACGCAAAACCACAGCAGAUGUUGACUCCGCCCGAAGAAUACCGCAUGCCAUCGAAUUAUGGUAUGCCUCAGGGAUCUUUGCCGCGGCGCAGCUACGAGUUUUUCGGUGGACAAUCUUGA